CGAAGCAUCGCCGCCUCGGGUUCGUUCAUGGAUGGCACAGCGAUCGGUGUGCCAUGCAGAUCGCGCGGUGGCCGCCGCGAUCUCCUCUGCGCAGGGUGGAGGAGGCCAAUGAGUCGGCUGAAGCAGGUUCGCCCCCCUCGCCAUCCUAUGCCCCAGGCCGCCGGCUGCGGCAGCAGCUGGCGCAGUCCCCCAACCCGAGCCUGCAGGAGCAGCUGAAGCAGCGGGAGGAGGAGAUCUUGGAGCUGCGACAGGUGAUCGCCAUGAAGGAUGGCAUCAUCCGCUCCUUGGGCGAAAAGUUGGGCGCCGCCGAGGUGGCUGGGCAGGUCAUCUCGAUGAAGGACCAAGUGAUCCGGCAGCUGCAAGCUGAGCUGGAAGAUAUCCGCGUGGCGCUGGAGCAAGGACCGCGGGACGGCGACCUGAGACCCUUCACGGCUCUGCCCAUUGCUCCUGCAUCUGUGUACAUCCCUUCGCCCGGCAGCUCGGUCGAUGAGCGCAUCGCUGACUUCAGCAACCGCAGAAGGAACCUGGUGCUCUUCACUCGCUUGGAAGAGGAGGUUGCAGACCUGUACCUCUACGGGCGUAUGCUGGUGCAGUGUUUUGAAGACGAUGAGGAGGGUAUUCUUGUGCAGGACUUGGCGAGCCGGGCGAUGAGAUGUUCAGCAUUUCCGAAUUUGUGUGGCACUUUGAAGCUCGGGAGCACGCAGAGCUGGAGCGGCACUUCCUGGCAGCACUGACGGCGCGCCCUGCAGCCACUGCAGGCUUUGAGCCAGCGACAAUCUGAGUUGCCUGGCAAGAAAGGCGCCAAAGUGCGCCAGGUUGCGGGGGCCGGCGGGCCAGCAAAGCUGGUCCCGGAGGGGGCGCGGGGCUGGGGAAGACCCCCUGGAAGCCCGUCCACGCGAGCGCGUGCCGUUGCA